GGGACACAUCUGCUUUGCCAGGCAGGGCUGUGGGAGGGCCGCCUGCCUCCUGUCCAUCACAGGGAAAACCUACCCUUGUCCCGCGUCCUUUCCAGGCAGGCUGUGUGGAGAUUGCUGCAUUCACCUUUAAUAUGGCUAAAAUGUUUUCCUUCAAUGACAGUAAUGCUGCCAGAACCCAUCAAGACACCCAGGAACUGAUGUGCCUAGGCAGAUGAUGCUGGAAAGAUGGGAUUCCCGGCAGCCCUUGCAUCUGUUGCUCACAGCCCACUAGCAUCUCCACUGUCCAGCAGGGGAACAAAGCAGCAUCAUUCCACUAUUCCAGGGGAGGUGCUAAAUACGAGGGUGAGGCUGUCAAGCGGUCCCUGGUGGAGUCCUACACUCACCCAAACAGCAACGAGACAGAGCAGAGGGAGAACAUCGAUACCGUCAUGAACUGGUUCACCAAGAAAGACUUUUAUUUUGUGACUCUGUGCUACAGAGAGCCAGAUAAUGUGGGACAACGAUUCGGGCCAGAGGGAGAGAACAGGAAGUUGAUGAUUCAGCAAAUCGACAAGACCAUCGGGUAUCUGGUGGGAGCCACUGAGAAGCACAGCCUGCAGAGCACCUCAGCGUCAUCAUCACAUGAGACCAUGGGAUGACCACCGUGAAAAAGAGACCCAAUGUCAAAAAGAUCCCCUUGUCCAACUACGUCAAGUUCAGGGACCUGGUCAAGUUUGAUAUUGUGGGCUACAGUGGCUUUGGGAUGCCCCUGCCCAAGUUGGGGCAAGAGGAAGCCCUUUACCAGGCACUGAAGAAUGCGCACCCUCACCUCCACGUCUACAAGAAGGAGGAGUUUCCAGAACACUUCCAUCUCGCUAAACAUGACCGGGUUCUGCCAAUCGUGAUGUAUGCCAACUCUGGUUACAGUAUCAAUGGGGCAGAGAGCUGAUCAAAACAGCAAAAGCAAAGCAGUGCCCCUGGCCCAGUUCUGAAGCCAAUCUUCCUUAAUCACCCAG